UCGAGUGGCUGUGUUUAGUCACGCCCUCUUUUAUGUUUUUAUUUACAAACAAAAAUUCCCAAAUUUAGGGCUUAUCUAGAUAAUAUAGCACAAAACCGCAGGGGUCCGAACAUAAACCGAUGCGUCUAGUUUUGUCAAAACCACUUUUUGCCUCAGUGAUAUUUCCGCAGAUAUGAUUUUCGCACAAACAAAUUGUUGUGCUCGCGAGUCGUGGUGUAAGGAUGUUGCUAAAUUCGCUGUUCUGCCCCAAAUAAUUGGCAUUACUCAAGCCCCACUUUUAUAGAUAUCCUCGAAUUUACCAAAUUUAAUCACGCUGGAACUCAUGGAACUGGAAAAUAUUGUGGCAAAUACAGUCUAUUUAAAGGCUAGAGAAGGUGGAUCUGAUAAUAAUAAAGGCAAAAGCAAAAAAUGGAAAAAAAUACUGCAAUUUCCUCAUAUUUCCCAAUGUCUUGAAUUAGUCAAUAAAAUAGAUGUUAGGUAUGAAUAUGUAGUUGAACUACAGCCAAUUGGAAAAAUUUUAUUUGGACAAUGGUGCGAGCUCCAAGGAUCCCUAUAUCACUCAUGUUUUCUUCUAAUUGAUUUCGCCAAACAAUAUGGGGUGGAGACUGAUGAUCAAAGGAAUACCUUAGUUAGCAUUAUUAAACAGGCAAACCCAGAACAAAAAAAGGCUCUACUAAUAACUGAAGCGGAUGAUCUUUUUGUGGAAGGAGAACAAUUGGAUGACGGCCCUAAUAAGGACAAAUUUUAUGAUAUUAUCCAGUCAGUCAAGAAUUAUUUAUCAGGAGAACCAUUUUUGGAGUUUUCUAAAUCUAUGUACUUUCACCGUUACUUGCAAUGGAAGUGGUUAGAAUCUCAGCCUGUGACGCACAAGACGUUUAGAAUGUACCGCGUUCUAGGCAAAGGUGGUUUUGGGGAGGUUUGCGCAUGUCAGGUUCGAGCUACUGGCAAAAUGUACGCUUGUAAAAAACUUGAAAAGAAACGCAUCAAGAAGCGGAAAGGCGAGGCGAUGGUACUAAUUGAAAAGCAAAUUUUGGAAAAAAUCAAUUCUCGUUUCGUAGUAAAUUUGACGUACGCCUACGAAACUAAAGACGCUUUAUGUCUUGUGUUAACCAUAAUGAGCGGGGGCGACCUAAAGUUUCAUAUUUACAACAUGGGCGGUGAUCCCGGCUUGGAUUUGAAUAGAACUAGGUUUUAUGCUGCUGAAGUGAUCUGCGGGCUGGAGCAUUUACACAAGCAGGGUAUUGUGUACAGAGAUUGCAAGCCAGAAAACAUUUUAUUGGAUGACAAUGGUCACGUACGCAUUUCAGACUUGGGAUUGGCUAUUGUUUUACCAGAAGGAGAGUCCGUGCGCGGUAGAGUCGGCACUGUAGGCUAUAUGGCUCCUGAAGUAAUUGACAACGAACGCUAUAGCUUCAGUCCUGACUGGUUUAGCUUUGGGUGUCUUGUAUAUGAGAUGAUCGAAGGACAAGCGCCUUUCAGGGCACGCAGGGAAAAAGUUAAAAGAGAGGAAGUGGAUAGAAGAGUCAAAAUGGAACCGGAAAGAUACUCAACUAAAUUUAGUGAAGACUCAAAAUCGUUUUGUCAGCAAUUGCUUAUCAAGAGUCCCAACGAUCGUUUAGGUGGUAAAGCCGAUCGCCAAGGGGCGUUGCUAGUAAAACAACAUCCGUUCUUUCAAGAGAUUAAUUGGAGAAGGUUAGAGGCUGGUAUGGUUGAUCCGCCUUUCGUACCAGAUCCCCACGCUGUUUACGCCAAAGACGUCCUAGACAUCGAACAAUUCUCCACCGUCAAAGGCGUAAACAUUGAUGAGAGUGAUGCAACUUUCUACUCCAAGUUUAACACUGGUUGCGUCUCGAUCCCGUGGCAAACCGAGAUCAUCGAGACCGACUGCUUUAGGCAAUUAAACCUCUACGGAUUGAACAAUACGAGAUCACCUGAUCUAGUACUAGAACCAGCACCGCAGGCCCAGAGCAGUGAUUGUUUUCCGUUCCGACGAAAGAAAAAACAAAUUCCUAGGAACCAGCCAGUACCUAUCAGCUCUUCGUUACUGUCAUCGUUGUCAUAGACCCCGUCAUCAUUGUGUAACUGUCAUAGUGCUUUUAAUUUAUGUAGUUCCUUUGUUCAUCAUUGUCUUUCUAUUUAAGCAGCCAAUACAUUUGUAUAUAAACUAAACAAUUAAGUACCUAAGUAUAGACAACUCAAUUUAUUUGGUGUUUUAA